AUGUCUUCCCCUGAAAUCGCUUCCCUUUCUUGGGGUCAGAUGAAGGUGAAAGGCUGCUCUACAACGUAUAAGGAUUGCAAAGUAUGGCCGGGAGGAAGCCGAACCUGGGAUUGGCGAGAAACUGGGACUAAUCAUUCUCCAGGAGUGCAGCCGGCUGACCUUGAAGAAGUUGUCAAGAAGGGUGUUAAAACUAUGGUGAUUGGUCGUGGCAUGAGCGAGGCUUUGCAGGUUCCACCAUCGACUGUGGACUAUCUGAAGAAAAAUGGGAUUGAUGUGUUGGUCUUGCAAACGGAGAAGGCUGUGGCAGAGUACAACACCCUGGCUGCUCGCGGUGUCAAAGUGGGGGGAGUCUUCCAUUCCACCUGCUGA